AUGGUAGUCAUCAAGGAGGACAAUCUGCUCUCGAAUAAGUGGCGCCUUUGCAGAAUCGACUCUGUCUUUCCGGAGGCUGACGGCAAUGUCCGUGUCGUCAGCAUUCUCACGGCACGCAGGAUUAUCAAGCGUGCACUCCGACGGGAGUUGUCGCAGUGGCGAAAAAGGAAAACGUGCAACGGAAAGCACCACACUCUCCUCCGUAGGUACAAGCGCCCUCUGCCGUCGGCUAAUCAGCAGCGUUCGCGCCGGCAGGAUCCGCCAACUCGCAGAGCGCUUGACUCUCCGCCGCGCUCAGCCUCCUCGACACCGGCACCGUCACUGGCGUCCAUCCUCAAGCGGCACAGCGUGAAUGUGCUACCGACGGCCAUGGUCACAUUGGAGACCGGGAUGAAGAAGUUCGACACGGCCGCUCUUAUCAACCCGUGUACACCGACGAGCUGCAUCGACGCGUCCCUGUCGUCUGCGUUCCGCUUGCCGACUACCACCGUCGGCGACGAGCGGAUCUGUACGGCGACGAUUCAGUCGAAGCGCGACGACGGCGGAAUAUAUCUGCGUCGUAUAGAACCGUCCCUAACCUCAAUCGCCAUGCGGAGUGUCACUCAACAACGGGGCUUUUGCAAAAGCCAAAUUACACGUGCGCAUAACAAUGCCACUAAAUUCGUGGAAGAUAUUCAGUCAAUCCAGACCCUAGUCGCGCGAUUAGCUCAACUACAGGAAAACUAUUUACGGUUCGUAAAGCUCACAGAGGAGCUGCACGCCUUUGAGUCUGAAGAGGGUUGGGAAAACCCUGAGGAAGACUUUGAUGUAUACGAGGAAAAACACUACGCUACGUAUGCUGUACUAAGCAAUACGCUGGAAGAGUUAAAGGCUGAAGUCGCUGAGACUACUCUUCUUGUUCCUGACCAAUCCCUCAACACGUCCCACAGAAGCCAUGUGGACUUCCAGUUCGAGCGAAUCAAGCUCCCAACCUUUUCGGGAAAUUAUGAAGACUGGAAACAUUUUUCGGACAUGUUCACGGCAUCCAUCGCAUCACACUCAGGACUCACUGACUGCCAAAGAUUUCACUAUUUAAAGUCCUACCUGUCCGGCGAGGCGCUCACAUUAGUAAAACACAUUCCCGUUACUAAUGAAAACUACAGUGAAGCCUGGGAUAGGUUGGAAAAGCGAUAUAACAAACAGUCGCUAAUUAUGCGAUCGUUCCUCAACAGUUUCUUAACUCUACCUAGUGCCACCACCACCAGCAUCGGCGCCGUGCGAAAAUUGGCUGAUGGCGCAGACGAGGUAAUUCGUGGAUUGAGAGCACUUCAAUGCGAGCAGCGAGAUCCUUGGUUAAUUUUUAUAUUAUUGACAAAAGUGGAUCCUGAAACUCGCCAAGCAUGGGCCCAGUGCGCAGAAUCUGAAAGUCCAAAUGUGACCAUCAACCAGUUUCUAACAUUUCUCACAUCACAUUGCGACACCUUAGAGGCCUGCCAACUUGUUCGCGCGCCACAAGCUCGACGAGCCGCUACAACACACCACGUUGACGCUCAUCAGAAACGCGAGGAAAACAAGUGUCUAUCUUGCCAGCAGAAUCAUCCACUGUUCAGGUGUGAUCAAUUCUUAUCAUUGGACGUCGCCACACGCCGAGAAUUUCUGAGGAACAGAAAGCUCUGUUUCAAUUGCCUUAGUGCCUCCCACAUGGUCGGCAAUUGCACAUCAAAACACACCUGCCGGGUCUGCCGCCGCAAACAUCAUACAUUAGUUCACGACCCGCCGCAGAUGUCUGGCACUGGAACCUACCAGGAGCCACUUAGCGUAAACAACAGCAAUUUGCCAUCAACAUCCCGAGCUGGAGCCUUAACCUCAAUCAAUCAACUUCGCCAUCAAGACGAUCCACCAUCGGGAAACGUUCCUUCUGUAGAGAACAAUUACACUCAUCAUACCCUGGAAAAUAUUCCGGUUGCAGGUUUGCAAACCCUUUUGCCAACCAUCCUCGCAGACGUAAUCGACGCCUGGGGAAAUACAACAACUUGUCGGAUGCUCCUAGACACGGGAUCCACAAUAACUUUGGCAUCGGAAUCAUUUGUCCAGCGGAUUGGCGUGCAUCGAACGCAUGCACGGAUUUCAAUUCUUGGUCUGGCUGCCAACAACGCUGGCCUCACACGCGGACGCGCACACUUUAAGCUGCGCUCUCGUCAUUCGGAUCACCACAUCGAGAUGGUCUCCUUCAUAUUGCCCUCGCUAACGUCAUCGCUUCCAGCGCAAGCUAUUGACACUUCGUCUACAACCUGGAAGCAAAUCUCAGCGCUUCCCUUAGCAGACCCUACGUUCUGCACUCCGGGAUCUAUAGAUGUCAUCGUUGGAUCUGAUCAACUCUGGGGUCUAUAUACCGGAGAAAGAAAAUAUUUUGGCUCGUACAAUGCCUGCGAUGACCACAUCACUCCGGCCGUGACCCAUCACGCGGACCUUGACAGGAUGGUUCGAUCAUUCAUGGAAAUGGACAGUGUGCAGUGUGUCCAAGCUCUCUUGGACUCUAGUGAUCCCACAGAGAGUAAUUUUGCCCGCACUCACACGCGCUCCAAGGACGGUGUUUAUAUUGUCGAAUUCCCCUUCAAAGGCGAAGCACCUCCUAUCGAAUCAACUUUACCACAAGCCACCAACCGCCUCGUUUCACUAGAGCGGAAAUUUCGUCGACACCCGGACCUUAAACAGCAAUACGAGGAUUUUUUGGAUGACUACUUGCAGCGUGGUCAUAUGGAACAGCUGACCUCAGUCCAAGCUGGAGAAAGCCUGGACACUUGCGUGUAUUUACCACAUCACGCAGUCAUCAAGGUGGACAGCCUGACUACCAAGUGUCGGGUCGUCUUCGACGGAUCUGGAAAGGUUAGUUCUGGGAUCUCGCUCAACGAUCGACUUCAUGUUGGGCCACCGAUCCAACGGGACUUGCUCGGAGUCUGCCUACGUUUCCGACAGCACCGAUAUGUUCUAUGUGCAGAUAUAAAAAAAAUGUUUAGAGGGAUUCAAGUUGCCAAGCCUCACACCAAUUUUCAACGCAUUGUGUGGCGCAAGAAUGAGAAGGAACCGAUUCUUCGUUUCCGACUUCUAACCGUCACCUACGGAUUGGCGCCCUCCCCAUUUCUGGCCGUUCGAGUUUUAAAGCAAUUAGCUGACGAUCAUUGCCUCGAAUACCCGGCCGCAUCACGAGCUUUGUCAAACGACGCUUAUGUGGACGACAUUCCAACUGGAUGCGAUACAGUUGACGAUCUUUUGCUGCUUAAACAGGAGCUGAUUGGACUUUUAGACAAAGCUAAAUUCAAACUACGAAAAUGGAGUUCAAAUUGCUGGCAGCUUCUACAGUCACUGCCACAAGGGGAUCGAUGUUAUGACCCAGUACAACUCAGUAAGGAUUCACCCAUGGGACCACACGUUAAGAUCCUGGGACUUCAGUGGAAUCCAGGUCGUGACGUCAUGUUCAUCAAAACAACCGAGUUCGAUCUCAACGUUAUUCCCACCAAACGAUAA